AUGGAUCCCAAGCGAGCCGUGGAAGAAAAAGCGAGCGCGCUAGUCAGUGUUUUGAACGGUAGCCAGAUUGAAGCACUGAUAGACCUACUCAGAGCGAUAUCGUGCGUAGCGGCCGCCUCAGGUGACGACACGAACAUCCAAGCCCUUAUGUCUGACUUGGCCCACUAUGUGCAAAGUGCUGGCUGUUUUGAUAUCGUGAAUAAUGUAUCACUCUCCAGAGUUUACGUACCAGAGAACGGACGUGCCCAGCGCGAACUCUCCGAUUCUUUGUACGCCAUGAGUGAAAUCGGCCCUGCUUCCGACGAAGCCAGCAAUCAGCAGGAUAAUCUGAGUUGGGCCGGCGUGGAUAUGGAUUUUGAGGGGGUUAAUUUCGACGACUUAGUGGCGGCAAAUGAACAAGUCGCAACAGCAGUAGUUACACGGAACGAUCAGCAGGGUUUCCUAGGGCCGGAAGCCGCACACGAAGCACCAGUCGCACAGGACGAUAUCAAAAUGCUGUUAUCACUUCUGGAUAGCUCGAAUCCGGAGGAUCUGUUUCCUGAUGCCCCAGACGCGAAUGUGUCGUUCGCAUGGCCUCCGAGGGAGGCCCUACCAUAUACCCAGAUUCCACCUCUUCCUUCGAUACAGGGCGGCGAGGAAUUGGCAGAUGAACAAAUAGGUGAUUACCAGCAGGGUUCUAUCUUCCUGGGUGCCCACUAUACGUCAGAAAAAGAUGAUAAUGUCGUCGUUGAUCUUAUUGGCGACUCCUCGCUGGGCAGCCCCGACUCCAUGCCAACAUUUCCUAUGGAAGACGAUUCUACUCCAGCCACGGAUAAGGAAGCACAGUUUCCUUCCCCGGGAUUUACGGAGGCCCUGUACCAGACCCUGGUUGCCUUAGAGAAUGAAAAUCUCUCGGACGUGUCAUUUACGUGGAUUGCGGACACGCAUAACUUCAGAUACCCGUGGGGCGUGUUCGGGGGUUCCUUCACAAGGACCCUCCUAGAACAGCUAGUUAGGCCCCACGAGAGCGAAGGGGAUGAGACAGUAAAAUACUUCAUACGCAAACGUGCUGUCUCGCAGAGCACAGCUGGCUGCUGCAUGUACUUUCGCCGUGAGCUCGGAGAGAUGCGCCAAAUCGCUGAACGGGUUCUGACUGUGAUAGGCGGGUCUAAAGACUGGUCCUUGGUGGAGGCCCAUCCCCGCCGUGGUUGGCUGACGCACUACACAUGCUCGUCAGACAGUCCCAGCACCGCUCAGAGCCACCGGGCAUGUGAUCACUGUAACUAUAUAUCGGAACAUCUCUCGCUACUACUACGACAGGUAGGCGAGCCUGUUCCAUUCUGGAGAAAGAAGACGCAGGAUGUACCACCAUGGACAACAUCUGACAGCCUAUGGCUGCUGUGGCUUACACGAACAUGGUCAGACACCCUGGAUCUGGCGCAGCCUAUGCCGGCAAAAUACGAAUUGAUGUUGGCCCAGGAGGUACUGGGAGACAUCAAAGCGGUCUAUAGCAGCCAAAUGAUGCUAGGAACAGAUAUGAUUGCGAGUCCGGUCCAGCCUGGCGACCUGUACGGGGCCCUUGAGAGUUUUUGGAUUGACUUUGGGAGCCAGAAUGGCUUCGGCAGAAGGCUCUGGGAACGCCUGGGUCAGUUGGCCGCGAAACCCACCUUAAAGACGAACGAGACCGUUGGGCUCAGCCGCGCCAGCGAACUCCUGCAACUGACCGUCAGUAUUGCUUCUCCUGAAGUUUUCUUAUCGAUCAAGAACUGCUUAGCUGUACUGCGUUCGCAACCUGCGGCACACAGUGUCAUCUUCCCGGAGACCCCUAGAGGGUCAUUCGACGCUCUAUUAAGUCACACCAACCACAGCCAACUCUCAUCCAUUGGAGUCCGAUUGGGUCAGUGGAAGCUAUACCAAAUGAAAAAGGAACUCGGCGGUGACUUGGAGCAAAGUAUCCUUAGCGGCGGGUCUUCCACAGCCCAGGUAACGCUGAACUUGAUCACAGACAUCCUAAAGCAGAACAGGCAGGGAGCGUACUGGGCUCACGUGGUCGACUAUGUGGGCGACCGUGACCCUAACAUACUUUGCCUUCUUCCGCGGACUGGAUCUGACAAUAUGGGAGUGCAAAGUGGUCCGGGAGCUUUGCGCCGAGUUCAGACCUAA